UUACGUUUUGUAAAUAAAAUAAAACGCAAAAUGCAUUUAGGAUACAUUCUAUCAAAAUAAUGCGUAGUAACUAUGACCACACUUUCUCACAAUAAUGUUUAAGCGUGAAAGCUAGAAUAAUACAUUUUCUGAUAAGCAAAGUAGGUAUGCGUGGGAUUCUUUGGACAACGUAGCAUCACCUACAUAGAAUUUUAUCAGUUUUUUAUAUACAAAUUAAUCUGUGGUCUUUUCACAAGAAAUAAAUUGUCCAAUGUCCAAAGAGAUGACUAUUUGUGCAGAAGGUCCAGAAAUGGGAAUCAACAUCUUACCUGAUGAACUAAUGAUACAUCUUUUUAAGUUUUUACCGCUAACAUCUUUAAUAACUUGUGAGAGCGUCUGUCUACGAUGGAAAAAAAUAGCAGGUGACCCUGUGUUGUGGCGUAAAAUUACCAUCGUCUACUCGGGAAAACCGGGGCAGAGUGAAGUAAGUGAAAAAAACUUAGAAAUUAUAUUAACUCAUCGCAACCUCAUUCGCAAUUUAAGAGUACAGUAUGUUUAUAGUUACUCCGUAAUUAAAGACGUCAUUGAAGAAUGUUGUAACUUAAUAAGCUUGGAGCUUGUCAUGUGUAGAAUAAGUAAAGAGUUCGAGGAACAUAUUCUCAAAUGGCCGAAGCUAAGGAAGAUAAGUUUGAAAAACUCUAUUGUACUCGACACUGGGACUGAAAUAUCAAUUGACUUCAGUAAAUUUCAAGAUCUGUCUUACUUAGCUUUAUCAGACUUCGGGUUGUCACCAGUGAAUUGCUAUGGUUUAUUACAGUGCAACAAUCUCUGCCAUAUAUACAUUGAAAAAAUCAAAACUUUAGAGCUAAGUUACAUCAAGGAUCUGAUUAUUUCCAAACAACAUAUAGUAGUAACAUUGCAUAUAUAUGGAGGCAGCUCAGUUGAUGACAGCUGCCUACAACUGUUAGCUAAAUGUACAAACUUAAAAGAUUUAGCUAUAAUCCGCAGUGAGAAUUUGACAGAUGAUGGGUUGGUAGCUUUAGAAUCCUUAAAAAAUGUCGAGCACUUACAAAUUUGGAACAAUAAUAACUUUACAGAAAAAAAAUUACUGCGGACUCUAAGUAACCCAAAUAUUGUGACACUGAAAAGUUUAAGUCUCUCCAGAAUACAAAACAUAACCCCUGUUAUAGUUGAUGUCAUAUCAGAGUACUAUAAAAGGCUAAAGUUUUUAGCUCUGUAUCAAUGUGUGAGAAUUAUAAAUACAGAUUAUGAGAAACAACUCAAAUCAAAAUUUAGAAACAUUGAAGUUGUGUUAUACUAAAGUAAUGCAUCAUAUUAUACUUUAUUAACUACAAAGCUAGGUACUUAAAAAUGUAGAUAUUAAGUUACCAGUCAUCACAGACUAAACAUUAUAAAUGAUAAUAUAAUGUUGUUACAUACACAAUUAUUGUAAGGUGUCAGGAGAGGUGAAAAAACUAAUUACAUUUAUGUAUGUAGAUCUAUCAUUUUAUAUUUUUGUUUAAUUUGAUCUAAAAUAAGUAUAGCAAUCUCAAUACGGGUUGGCUUUAAUGUUAAUAGUUUUAGUGCCUAUAGUCAAUAGUGGGUCUAGAGAAGGUACUAUUUGACAAGAUGAUUUAUUCAUACUUGCAUACUUACAUACAUAUAAAAACAUUUUAAUAAAACAAAUAUUGUUGGACAAUGUGAUGUAUUUCAGCUAAGUUCACAGUAAAAAAUUAUGGCAUUGACAUUAUUGGUAUGUUGUACAAAUAAAAAUUGUUUCAAUUAUUAUUAGUGAGAGAAACACAUUCCUGAUAUUUUAUGUAUGAAUUUAUGGAAUAUAAUAAUUAUUAUGAUAUGAAAAAAAUGUACCUACAAAGUGUAGUU